AAAUGCCAAACGCGAAUACGAAUUUCGCAUUCGAUCAAUCUUUAUCAUUCGCAGUGCUGUGUGUUUCUGUUUCGUGCUACUGGCUUUAAUACAGAUUUACGAGAGUCUCCGAGGGAGAUACAGAAACAGGAAAAACACACGCGGCGGCAUAGUCACUUCAAAGGCUUGAAAGUUAUCAACUUCCGUUUUACGGAUAAGGUCCUUCAAAACGAGCUGGAUGAGGCAGUGCUCAACCUUCAUGUGCAAGAGCUGGACACCAGGAACACCACAUCAGACCCUGAGGAGUUCUUCUCCAUCAACAUCCAAGUCAGCAGGGUGACGAGGCACAACCAGGGGAGUAAAGCAUCUGUCCCUUACACGGAUAACACCGUGAAGCUAUCCAGAAGAGAGCUGAAGUUAGGCAAAUGGUUGAAGGCCAACGUGACGACCAUGGUCGCAGAGUUCUGCAGGCUGCCACGGGAGAAUUUAGCGAUAGUUGUGAGAGUACAAGACUCGAGGAAUCGGAUGAGUUUAGUUGUGCCGCAUCCGAGCUCAGAAUCAAACAAUGCAUUGAUGCCAUACAUAGAAGUAAGUCUAAAAGAUAAUUCGCACAAGCGAACCAGGCGUACCGUCGGCAUGGACUGCACUGAGAACUCCAAGGAGAUCCGCUGCUGUCGCUACCCCCUGGUGGUCAACUUCGAAGAGUUCGGCUGGGACUGGAUCAUAGCACCGAAGGUCUACAACGCGAACUACUGCAGCGGAGAAUGCCCGUAUAGCUUCUUACAGAAGUACCCUCACACACAUUUGGUGCACCUGGCCGCCCCUCAGGGCAGCGGGGGGCCCUGUUGCGCCCCCAGAAGGAUGAGCAGCAUAACAAUGUUGUAUUUCGACCACGACUACAACAUUAUAUACGGGACUAUCCCGGGUAUGGUGGUUGAGAGUUGCGGAUGUUCAUAGCAACCGUAUUUGUAGGUUAGGCUCCAAGCGUUUAUGCUUCUCUUGUUCUGUAUUGGCUCAUGAGUUAUCUCUAAAUUACGUCUAUAGCUAGCGUAUUCAUUUUGAUAACAGAUAAAAAUGUAUAUCGAUGUGUAACUACCCUAUUUUUUAUUUUGUGACUUAAUACCUAUAUACUUAGACGCUCGGAGCCGCAUAUGUGUAGUGUCUAUCGCUAUGUGAUAUAAUCGGUUGAAGACUGCAAACCCUGUGUUGUGUGCCGUGAGUGUGAAAUAUGUUAAUGUUUACGUUUGUACCUACGUCUAGAUUAAUGGACUUUCGCGUUUAUUGUAAUAUCUGUAUCACAUGAGUUUAGUGAGGAACUGUUACAAUUUAAAAAUAGAACGAAAACUGUUGUAUCUUGACAUCUUCAAUUUAAAGAUAUUCCAUAUUUGAAACUGUACGAAGUGACGUAUGUGACCGUUGCAAUUUAAAAAUAGAAUGUUGUAUCCAACCAAUGACAUUUUCAAAUUCAAAAUAUUCGUUAUUUGAAUUUUGGCUUCAAGUAUAGAAUAAUGUCAACACCAUUCACCCUCGUUAAUUCAUCCCGUGCCACACUUGUACCAUCCACACGUAAAUGAACUGAUGAAUUAAUUGGAAGGUUGGAUGUCAGUCUGGAUACAUCAUUAAACUAAUGGUCUUUGUUUACGCUAUUUUUGCAGUCAAUCCACCCAGUUAUAUUGCAAAUAAUCACUUUAACACGUCACCUAGGUUAUCCUGUGAAAGUAUUCAUUUACUAAACAUAUAGAUUGCGAAGUACAGUCAGCAUCAAAACAAACUUUUUUCCCAGAUUCUGUCUCUUGAAACUCACUUCGCUCAUGUGAAUGUUCAAAUACAUUUUUCAUUAUAUUUAUAUACUAUGACGUCACAGCUGAGUAUUUAAAACCCUGUGGUAUAAGAUGCAUACAAACAAUAUCUAAUCGAUCGUGCUUGCAAUCAUUAUUUAUUUUUAUUUUCUAAAAUAAAUCGAUUGAUAAUACAAGUUAAGAGAAUAAAUAGAUUAUGAAAUCAAUAUUCUUGAACUUUUUAUAUACGAGCGACCUUACGAUAUUUUCUCGUAGAUAACGAAGUAUAAGAGUUCAAUUGAUAAUGCAUUAUCGUUUUUUAUGCAGCAGUUUACAGAGAAGUCGGUUGGUAUGCUUCAAUAAUGGCAUUUAUUUUAACCUAUAUUAAGUCUUACGACUACUUAUUUGCAUGUCACGCGUUCAUAAAAUUUUCACGCGGGCGCAGACAUUAUCGAACUCAUACUUUAUUGUGUACAAACUUUGAUAAGUAUAUCACAAGUUAUUUUAAGAAUUUGCUUAUAAUAAAGAAGUUAUAUCCGGGUAAAUUAUAUUUCGUCGGAUUUUUAAAAUUAACGGUUUUUUUGACAAGUUCAGUAAUGUAUUGUGCCCGCGAUUGUACUCGUUUUAAAAGAAGUGCCUUUGUAUUUAUUAUUCGUGUGCAAAUUCAUUAGUUUUGUUUGGUUUACAUACUUGUGAAAUUUUCCCAUUAUCAUGAUUCGGAUCUCGUUCAAAAUUAUAUUUUUAUAGAGAAAAUCUUUUAGCGGGUGGUGCUUAACAUAGCUGGCGUUUUAAUUAUAAAAAAAUGUAUUUACUAUAUCAGUGCCUACCCUCUAAUGUAACGUAUUAUUUUGGUCGUAAUGUUUUUAGAUAAUAAUUAUUGUAAGGUUUUUAGAAAAAUUUUGACGGGCGUAGAAUUUUCAAAAAUUAGAUCUCAUUUUGUGGCAACAUUGUGGCCCACGGAUCUCCCAAUCUUUCGGUACUAUGGUCUAUGGUGAAAUUUAUGUUUUAUACAAAAAUUCUUAGUGUUAAGCAUUCGUGUUAAGUCUAAUAAUGUAGCUUAAUGAUUGUCGAAAUAUGAAACUAACAUUUUCUCAUGUCCAAUAAGUUUUCUUUUGUAACGAAUAAAUUCUCAAUUCUACGAUUCGUAUUAUUUUUGUGGGUGUAAAAUCUUUUUACAUUUGAAAAUAUAUGUCUAUGAAAUUGUA